GCAUUUAAGUUUCUUUUUCUGCGUUAAUACCAGGCUUCACGAAACUGCAUAACCAUGUCAAGUGACAUUUCCAUGAGUGAAACAUCAGGAAAGUUACAAGGGAACUACUUAUGAGGCUGUGCUGGGUUUCUGAAUUACACUAUUUGAAUCUGUCAAAAAAGGCGAUGUUUUUAUUUCUGAUUUAAUUUAACUGAAUUGUAGUUGAUUUUUAACUUCUAAUUUUUACUUAUUAAUGCCAUAGUUGAUUCAAGUUGAUUAUUACAUUUAAAAGGUUGUCAAUUAUUUGUAUGAUUUAUUAUUUGGGAUGAUUUGUCAUGAUGUUAGCUGCCUUGGCUGAUUUAAAACUGGAGGAUAAGAUUGAGAAUAAGGACCCAUCUGAUAUACAGUGGUACUGGUUUUACAAGGAGCAUGGUGCCUGGCACAUGGUUGAGGAUGAGCCAGUCAUUUUUAUGUCCAGUGGUGAUCUAGAGAGAUAUUACCUUAAAAACCCUUAUGGGGUUGUAAACAUGACCACUGCAGGAGGGCCAGUUAUGAUCGAUUUUGCAAAGAAAAUCCAGGUCAACUUAAGAACUGGGCAAACAAGGCAGAUUGAACGCUCUUUUAUGAUUAAGAAUAGCAUCAGAUGCAAAUGUGAUGCUGUUUCAACAUCUCCACCCGCUCACUGGGAAUACGCUGACCCCAAGGAACCUUAUCAGGCAUUUACUGUGAAAAGAGAAAGCAGUGAAUAUCAGAAGAUUGAGAGUUUUGUCAAGGAUGUUGGCCUACUGCAGCAAACCAUUGUUUCCAUCUGCAGAAUACAGAAUGUGGACCUUUGGGAAUUGUAUUGCAGGAAAAAAAUCCAGUUGAUGAAGAUUAAAGGACAGUCAGAAAUUGAAGAGCAAAAGUUGUUUCAUGGCACGAGCGUUAACAACCUUCACUCCAUUUGCACAUUUAAUUUUAACUGCAGACUACCACAAAGUAAAAGAAGGAGACACACAUAUGGCAAUGGGACAUACUUUGCAAAACAUGCAUCCUAUGCUGACAAUUAUAGUGAAAUCAACACUCAGGGCACUAAAAUAAUGCUGCUUGCUCGAGUUAUUGUUGGGAAGUACAAAACAGGAAGCCGUGAUUAUUGUACACCUGAUGAUGAUGAAAAUGAAUACACAUAUGAUAGUUGUGUAGACGAUACUCGUUAUCCAAGGAUUUUUGUGAUCUUUGAUUCCAAUCAGAUCUAUCCUGAGUAUGUGCUUGAGUAUCGCUGA